AUGGCGCAUUUCUCAUUGGAACGUGUGUUAUCUCCUGUGCCGACGUCUGCAUUUCCAGCUGUUUCAGAAAUUCUUUCCUCGAUACCCUCGCACCUUUGCCCUCCAUUUUUGCAGAAAGUGCUGGAAACAAAGCAUGAAGUGAAUCUAAGCCUGAAGCAAGUGGAGAACGUUCUGUGGAAAAUCGAAACCUUCUUGCCCUGCAUGGUGAGUGUGUCUCAUCCGUUGGGACAAAACCCGUUCCAGUUAAAGAAGUACCAGGAGCUUGUCCCAGAUGUUCCCACCGUCUGCGUGCCGUCUCUGGUAACGUCAUGCGCUUGCUGUGGUGGUGCCUUAGAGGACAAGGCAGGUAGAUCUUCUUCCCGCUUAGUGAACAAUUUGCGUGGAAGUGAUGAGAUGGACAAUCGUUUCCUGAUUUUCACUCAAGCAGCUGGAGUUCUCUUUGCGGAGUUCAAGGAAGGGUUUUGCUCUGCUUGUCGAUUGUAUUUUCUUGGUUGCUGGCAAUAUGAGAAAAAGGCUGGGGCCUUUCAUCACAUGGACAAGCUGCACUGCUGCGGGUUACAGGCGGAUGUGGAUGUGUUUGUCGUCCCUCGUUAUCGAAGCUUCUUCGCCGUUGAAAUCGGCUUGCUGCAUUCAAUCACAGAUGAAAUUUCCCAUAGCGGCGCGACCUUUUCCUCUGCUGUGCUGCGAUGGGUGAAGCAACACCCAGAAGAGGGCCAAGUUCGACUGCUGCAAGGAAAGGACCUGACCAUGCUAGAGCGUUGCCGCAAACGGUUAGAAGAGGACUUAGAUGGCUUUGAGGCUUCCUUGUCCCAAGUUCUACCUCAUUUGCGGAAGCAAAGGCUGAACAAAGUUGCGGAGCACAUCCACAGCUGCCCCAUAUGUCAGCAAUGUGUGUGGAUUUUGUUGGAUGGAAAGCAGGGUGCUCGGCGAUUCAUCUGCGCCGGUCUAGAGGGUCAUCGAACAUUUGCAGAUCUAGGGGUGUCAAUUUACACUGGAUGCAUGAAUCACGCGGGGCCCAACGAUGUCUUUUGCAAGCGUUGUCGCCCAAGCAGUUUGCUGCAGAGCGCUUUGAUUCCACAAGAAAAAGUGCUACAAGUCGAAACUUGUCCAUCUGAAGACGGUUUGUCAGUGGAGACUUGGUACUUGGUCCGUUGCAAGUGUCCACAGAAUGGCAUCUUCGAAGCACCUUUGCCCCGCAAGGAAGUGCGCACAGAUCUACUGGCAGAGUUCGAGAAAGGGGCCUUGCCCAAAAAGCGAGAUCAUGGUAACCUGCGUACUCAAUUUCGCUGGCUGAAGAGUGCUCGCAUGGUUCGUCAAGCUGCCUUGAAGCGCGCUGGGCCAUGCAAGCCAGCGCGCCGUGGAAGAGACAGCAAGAAGGAGGAGGUCAAAAAGCUUCCGGGCGGAUGGCUGUCGCAGGCGUAUGUCGCAUUCCUCCGCGACACUGACAAGUCUACAGAUGGCAGUGAGCUUGCUGAGUGCGGUAUUGAUAAGGAGAAGAAAACUUUGAAGCGCAGGCGAUGCACAGGUGGCAUUUUAACUGCUACCCUUUCCUGUGGUCAGCUGGUGGAUUGGCUAGAAUUACCUCGUGGAGAAGCCCUCGAUGUAGUGUACACCUUUGUUCUGGAUGUGAUUAAAGAGCUCUCGACCCGGCAAGUGCAGGUGAAGUGCGUAGGAUAUGACAACGCCUGUCGGCUCCUUGCAAUGGCUGAGCGUUGUGAGAAUUUGUGCAGCCCAUGGACCAACAAAGUGACGGAGUGUCGAAUUGUCUUGGAUAGGUUCCACAAGGGAAACCACUCUUGGUGUCUUCGUCAUCGCCCGCAGGUGGAUCCAGAUCAUCCAGACAACAUUCCUUUGCUGCAGUUUCGCAACUCGGAGAGCUGUGAGCAGUUGAACGCAUGGAUCUCUGGUCGCAUUGCUGCUGCCUUGAACUUGACAGGCGCUAGAUUUGGUGUCUAUUGGCAUGCUCUUUUUGCUGAGCACAAUGAAUGGCUGGAGCAAUGUAGUGCGGCGCGUCGUCGUCGCUUCCAGGCUGGCUUCUUGAAGAGAAACCCAGACAAAUGCGAAACAGACCUCUUGCUGGCAUACCAACUCAUGGAUACAACCAAUCCAUUCCCUUCGGCCUCUGUAGCUGCGAGGCAACCUCUGGCUUGGAAGGUUUGCUGCGCGUUGGCCCAAGCAGAUUCCUUGCAUCCUGGGUGCAUGUUUGUGCACAUGUUGUGCUUGGUGGCUCUGACUCUCAAUGCGGUGCAGGUGAAAUACUCUGGCUUGCUGGGAAAAUUCUGCAAUUUGAUGGUCUUGCAACAUGGUCCGCCGGGGGACGGCAAGAGCAUAGCGCUGUGGCUAGAUCUUCACAUCCUGAGUUACUUUGACAAACUGAGACUCUGGGUGGAAAAUGGACCUGAUAGUCAAGUCACCCAUGGUCACGUCACACAUGUCCUUUAUGAAACAGUCUUGGUACUAGUAUAG